CACUAUAUCUUUAUCAGACGUUUAUUCUUAGUUGUUAAGUAAAUAGAUUUCCUAUCAUGUAAGUGAGAUUCUAUCACAAACAUAAUUAACAAGGAUAAGGAGUCAUACUUUAUCUCGACUACUCAUUCUGUGAGCAAUAACAAGUUGUAGUAUGUAGAUGAAUUGUCAUGUUCAAACUCAAUCUUACAAAAACACCCUACUGUGGUUUUUCUUUUUUUUCUUGAAAAGCAAGCAUUACUUAUUAGAGCGAGUAGUAGUCCACUAGCGAGUAGAAAAGCUUAGUUGGUGAACAGUCGUUGGCGCUAGUCAACGAGGUCUUGGUCUUCUCUGUUCCUCUCUUCAUCUUUUUAUCAAUUUGUUGUGUCACCCUUCGACACUGAUCGAUCUGUCUGGUCCUCCUCUGCAAUCAUCGUUAGAUUCUUGAGUUCCAUUUCUACUAAAUUUUGCAACAGUUUACCCGAUCUGCUUUGAACUAGAAACAGUAGAAAGGGUUUGGAUUGAUUAGCUUGUUUGUUCUGAAUUUGAUCACAGUCACAGGAGAGAGCAGACUCAGUAGAGUGAUCAAGAAAUGUCGGGCUGUUUUGAAUUUCUGAGAUGCCUUCUUUGCUGUGCCGAUGAGCCUGAUUGUAUACGAUCUUCGUCCCAUUAUACAAGAAAGCAUGUUCAUAUUGAUACCGCUGAUGAUGAAGAAGCUUCAUUUGCCCCUUCCCGUUAUUAUACGGACAGUCCUAGGAUCAGCCAUUUGCCUACUUCAUCAACUUCAACUUCAACUUCAACUUCAUUUCAGCCUCACUACCACUAUGGUGAUUUUUUUCCUUCUCUGCUUCGUUCACCUUAUUCAUCUCUCGCCUCCACUUAUAAACCCCCACCAGUAUCUCAACAUUUUCCAUCUUAUACUACAUCAUCUACUAUUAAACCAUCUUCAUCAUCCCCUAAGAAGGCACCACAAUCUUCGUCUCUAUCUUCUCCGAAGGUUACACCAUCUUCACCAUCCCCUAAGAAGCCACCACUAUCUUCGUCUCUAUCUUCUCCGAAGGUUACACCAUCUUCAUCAUCCCCUAAGAAGGCACCACAAUCUUCGUCUCUAUCUUCUCCGAAGGUUACACCAUCUUCACCAUCCCCUAAGAAGCCACCACUAUCUUCGUCUCUAUCUUCUCCGAAGGUUACACCAUCUUCAUCAUCCCCUAAGAAGCCACCACAAUUUUCGUCUCUAUCUUCUCCGAAGAUUACACCAUCUUCAUCAUCCCCUAAGAAGCCACCACUAUCUUCGUCUCUAUCUUCUCUGAAGGUUACACCAUCUUCAUCAUCCCCUAAGAAACCACCACAAUCUUCGUCUCUAUCUUCUCCGAAGGUUACACCAUCUUCAUCAUCCCCUAAGAAGCCACCACAAUCUUCGUCUCUAUCUUCUCCGAAGGUUACACCAUCUUCAUCAUCCCCUAAGAAACCACCACAAUCUUCGUCUCUAUCUUCUCCGAAGGUCCCUCCUGUCUAUAAGUCAAUCUUAUCCCCAGCCUCCUCCUCCUCAAAUGUUACAACUCAACACCAACGAGACGGCAAGAAAACAGCUUAUGUGUGUGUUGAAGAGGAUUCCUUACCUGUAUUCAUGAUUCCGGAGGAUAUCAAAGCCUUGAUCAAGGACGAAAUUGUGCCCAAAGUUCUCAAUAACCCUUUGUCUCCCAAAACAUACAAGGAUUACUUUGCUGCUCUCUUAUAUACUGAAGAUUUCUAUACGGAGAAAUGGAGUGAUUUCCUAUUGGAAGAUGUGACAUUGGAGUUGGAUGAAACUGCAAUUUAUAAGAAUAAGAAAAAGGAAGACAAAACCUUUGUAGCAUUUGAGCUUGAGUCUGUUCGUGAGAAACGGCCGUACCUCUUAUCACGGGACUUGGUCUUUGCACGACCAGUUGGUAAGAGUACUGCGGAGCCCUUUCAGGGUUUCAUUUAUCGGAGUGUUAGGAGCAAACGCGUUUUAGUAGAAUUUGAAGAUGGCUUUUAUUCUAAACAUCAUUCCAACACAAAAUACGAUGUCAGCUUCUCAUUCAAUAGAGUUUGUUUGAAACGUGCCCACCAAGCUGUUAAAGAUGCAUCGGAUGCCUUGUUUCAGAACUUCCUCUUCCCUGACUGUGACUCACGAGCGAGCAUUUCUACUGCACCACCUCUGCUUUCUACUACUUGUCAUGAGCUGGAUCAAGAUCAACGUUCUGCGGUCGGACAUAUCUUAAGGAGUCAUGGCUCACCACCUUAUGUAGUAACUGGUCCAGUCUGCGUACCUGAAGGCAAAUCUUUUGCAUACUUGGGAGAACCUUCGAGAACUGGAGUGGUUGUUAGUGAAGCAGUAUACCAGUUAUAUCUGAAGUCAUCAAAGCAUCGGAUUAUUAUCUGUGCGCCUACUAACAGUUGCUGUGAUGUGUUGAUGAGAAGCUUGGUGAAGGUGAUUCCAGAGUCUACUAUGUUCCGUGCCAAUUCUGCAUUCCGUGAGAAAGAUGAGGUACCUGAGGAUACUCUCCGCUCAUCUCUUUACAAACAGUCUUGUUUUUCUUGUCCUCCCAUAAAGAAACUCAAGAAAUACAGGGUGAUUUUCUCAACUUUCAUGAGUAGUUUUCGACUACAUGAUAAAGGCAUAGCAGCUGGGCAUUUUAGCCAUAUCUUUCUAGUGGAUGCUUCAUCUGCUAUUGAACCAGAAACAUUGGUAGCUCUGACCAACUUUGCAGACAAGACUACUAGUGUUGUAGUUACUGGUAGACCUGGAUAUAGUCCGCGCAGAGUUCGGUCUGACAUUGCAAGGAAGAAGGGACUCCAGGUUUCGUACUUUGAAAGAAUUUGUAAGCGCAGCCCCUAUAGAAGCCUCAGCCCAAUGUUCAUCACACAAUUAGACCUGAAAAAGUCAGACUCAGAGUACCAAGCAAGAACUUCCUGAAAUUCUGUUGGUUGCUCAUGAAUACACGCAAGAAUAAUCAGCUUUGAAGUGCUGCAGAUGGUUUUCAUGUAAACGAUAUCUGUAGAUAUCUUGUGUGCAAAACAAACAAACAAACAAAAACUCCUUUUGCAAAAACACAAUGGCAAUGAGCUGUUUCCUGUUUGUAUCACUUGGUUGAUGAUCUGAAUAGACUGCUUAUGAAACACACGAGACCACAAUAUUCCCUUAUAGAUUUUUCUAUAUCAUAACAAGUAAAGCUCAACAAUUGAAGCUAGAAAAAGCAAA